AUGGCGAACAACCACCAUGGGCCGCCCUUUCCUUUCCCGUACCCGCAGAUGCAGCAAAUGCAGCAGCCGCCCAGCAACGCGCACCAUGAUGGCCAACAACACCCUCCACACCCUCCACACCCCCAACACCCCCAACACCCGCCGCCGCCACCGCCUGGCUGGAACCUCCCUGGCCUCCACCAGCAGUAUCCUCCCCCCCAGCCGUAUAUGCCCCAGCCAGGACAUGCCGAGAACCAGAACAAUCUGCCGCAGUUUCCUUCUGCUGCCCUCUGGCCGCCGCAGAUCCCGCCCGAGUGGCUCCAGCUGAUGCAGAGCGGCAUGCAGAGCGGCAUGGCCCCACCGCCAAUGCCUGGCCUCAAUUUUCCUCCCCCUUCACUAUCCCAGACGCCGCAAGCUCCCACCACACCAAUGGCAUUUCCACCGCACUUUCCCCCACGACCUGCAGCUGCGCCACUCGAACGCGUGCAGGAGGUCACGGGCACCGAUAGAGAGGACCGAGAAGUCAGUGACGCCGAGGGCGCCUUGCGAACAACAGCAGCCAUUGCCGUACGCCAGAGAUACCCUGAGCCUCCGAGGUCCGCGCCUCAGCCAAUGGCCACGCCCUCACGCACGGGUGACGUCUACAACCCAGAGAAGCCCUCCGCUGGUCAGACGACAUCACAUACUUCCACGCCAAAGAGCGUGCAGCAAGCGAGUGCGGUCGUGAACGAGAUGGACCUGGUGCAGCAGCAGCGUGAAGAGGCGAAGCAGUUCAUUCGCCUCCUGAACAGCAACAACAUUGGCUACCAUGCUCUUGCCAAGGAGAACAUCGAUAUCGAGCUUCUACGCGCCAUGUAUCGAAGCAUGAACUUGCCCUCCGAACCGGAGCCUAUCCCACCGCCAAAGGCGAACGGCACAGCUGCGCCAAAGUCCUCGAGUCAAGUCCUUGAGAGUCCGGCCACGGCAUCAGCCCCAAGCACGUCACAGAAGACUAUACCCGCUGUGUCCACCAACGUGGCUGCUGCAUCAGUUGCGAGUGCUGCCGCUUCGCCAGUGGACCGAAAGGACUAUCUCGCACGCCUGCAGGCAGCCAAGUUGGCUAGACAGUCUGGUCCAGCCAAGGUCAGUCCUCCACACACGUCACCUCCCGUGACCGCUGCGUCUUCCGCCACUGCAAUCAGUACACCCCAGGCUACAACGACACCGACAAGGAAGCAGCCCGUUACGGAUGAGCAAAAGGCACGACAGACAGAACUGAUCAAGCAGCGGUUGGAAGCACUCAAGGCACAGAGCAAGCAGUCGGCUACAGCCCCCUCUACACAGAAUCUUGCGCCACAACAAUCCCUCACCAAACCACCUCAUACGCCCGCUACAAACGUGCCUACACAGCAAACCUCAGCCCCAGGCUUCCCGGGCAUACCUGGCCUGUUCAUGAAUUCGGCACCGAAUUCAAGCAAUGGGACAACAACGCCAUCGAGGCUGCCACAGUCUGCUCCACAAAAGCGCCAUGCGCCUUCGGAUACUGAGGCCUCCACGCCACGAGGCUCAGUGACGCCCUACAAUCGUCCAUUCGGUCACUCGUCCUAUGUGCAACAGGAGGAUUCCAUGAUCAUCGAAGUCAGCGACGACGAGUCCAAUGGCAGUGACAUGGACAUUGAUGAUGAUCAGCUCUCGACAGGCCCACCUGUCAUCCGCCAGGCUCCUGUAUCUAUACCUGGGUUCCCGCCUCGCCAGGCUCCUGCUCCAGUCUCACAAUCUGCCGUCAGCACGCCUGGUCCGCAAACACCUGCCACUAUUGCAAGAACGGGAGAGCUCAACACCAAAGAGCAGGAACUUGCUGCACUGAAGCUAACUCUGAAGAAGAAGCUUGCGGAACAGAAGCGGAUCAAAGAGGCGGCAGAGGCGGCAGCUGCUGCAGCGUCAACAUCGUCCCACGGGACACUAUCAAACCAACAUCAAGCCCAGUCGUCAUCGGCCACUCCUGCUCAAAAAUCGCAAUCUGCGAGUCAUGCGCGUACCCCAGUCGCGCAUGCUACGGUCCAGGCUGACGCGUCAGCGGUUGAUUCGUCACGAGACAAGAAACGCCGUCGGAGGACAGAAAUCCAAGAACAGCUGCCUUCACUCGACGAUGAAAUUGCCAGCAAUGAGGCCGAGAUGGCGAGACUUGCGAGAGAUCUCGAGACGCUAAAGGCGAACAACGAGCGCAUUGUGCGAGAUAAGGAACGAUUGACGAAUGAGUUGGAAAACCUUGGGAUCGAUACUGGAGGCAUGUCGCACGCAGACAUGCGGGCGACAAAGAACGAAAUCGAGCGUGCCAUGUCGCCUGAAACUGAUACCGUGCCCCGGACCGCAAGCGUGCUUUCACGGUCAAUUUUGCCGAAUGGCGAAUCAAAAGCUUUUGCGUCAGCUUCAGCUGACAGAGUAGACGACAUGGGACAUGCUUUCGCUUCUCGCGCACAACCGCUUGUCGGUAGCCAGGCCAACCCACGAUAUGGUUUCCUUCCCGGAAUUGGACAAGCUGCACCUCAAACGUCUGCGCCAGCGGUCUCUCAUCCUCCAUCGCACCUCGUUCAAGAGCCAGCUAGGAGUGCACCUGGCGACCUACAGGCGGGGACUGAUGUCAACGAUCUGGCUGAUACCGCAGUCAACGCUCAAGCGCCAAAUGACCGCGCGUCAGCUACUCCUAUGGACGAUGAAGAAGACUUUUACUCCCCGCCACCGCUGGCGGAGGUGAGUGUCGGUGCUGAACCCAGCGUUACCGAGCUGCCUGAAGCGCAGGUGGAAUCGAGCGUCGCCAACGCCCCGUCGCCAUCUGAAGAAGGAGAAGUUGAGAUGUCCGAGUCAUCUGAAGAAGAGGAAGAGUACGAACCAGACGAAUCGAUCGUUGACGAGUCCGUUUUGGAGCCUCCAACAGAGCAAGCUCAGCCCCUCGAGCCGCGGGUCAUACAGUCGCAGUCUGUCGGCCAAUCGCAGGUGUCAACAGAGGACGAGGAGGCUUAUGAACCACCUGAUAUUGAGGAAGAGAUGACCGAUGUCGCACCCGCGACCGAUGCGCUCCAGGUCGAGGCUUCGUCUCCGGGUGAUGCAGACGAUGGUGCUAUGGACAUUGCCACAUCUUCGUCCGAGUCAGAUGACUCCGAAUCGGAUUCUGACGGGGAAACGCAUUCGGAGCUCGGCGAGUCGGGCUCGGAGACGCAUGCAACACAACAGGAUACUCUUAUUGCUGACGGUUUAGCUCCCGAGCUGCAGGCAGAAACUGUAGCAAUGACGGCCCCAGUGGUUGUUCAAUCAGAUGAGAUGCCUGUCAUCGAAGAAGAGCCUGAAAUACCUCGCUUCACUCCUUAUGAGAGUCCCCUUCGAAUGUUCAAGUCCUAUCGUUAUCACCCCAACUUCUCGCAAGACGUCGACGGCGGUUUCCUGUCGAUGACUUUCAGUCACCAGAUUGAUCCUGAAACGCCUUUGUGUCCUUUCGAGUCUGCGGGCGGUUCCUGCAAUGACCCCGAAUGCCCCAACCAGCAUUUCCGGGGCAUGGGCAUUAAUGGUGCGUGUCAUGGAAGGUUUCCUACUCACGUUUGUCCCCCCGCCCCUGUACGCAGACUGACUUCUGUUUUUUUAGGUGAGAAGCUCCUUGUUCAACUCGGGACCGCCAAUCCUGGCAAGACACAGGACGAGAGGCAGCAGUGGAACAAUGGCCUACGAAGUGUUCUGCAAGAUCUUCGCCAGAAGAACAUCAAGGACCCCAACGGUAUCGCGCGAGAGAUCGCCAACUACCGUCGACAAUUCCUCAAAGACGAGACACGGGUUGUCAACCUUUGA